CUGUCGUGGUUGCUUGAGCAUGGCUUAUUUCGGUUCUGGUGGGGAGGCGAGAGGGGAUGGGGUUUGGGGUGUCAAUCUGCUUGUCAAUGGGUUUCCUGAGUGAACGAAUCCCCACCAGAAUCCCCACCGUCGCUGGUGCCUUCAUUCCCACUUCAAUCUCUUCAAUUGCAAGGCGUGAUCUUUACCCUCGAACUGAUAUCACACAGUUCCAACACUAGUACUGGUAUACUGCUUCCAAGGCCGCUCACAACUUUGCUGCUCGCCUCGUCGUUUACUGCCGUCUGAGGAUCCUCUGCCAAGUGCGCACAUCGUCCUGUCAUCUUCGUCCUCGGAGCUUACGACCAGCCACUCGCCCAUAUCCCUCCCAUGACGACGAGCAGCGAUGCCCCAGUACGGCUUUCUGGCGGGCCCGGCAAGUCCGGCAUCGCCCUGCACGGCUGGGCAAUCACCACCGGAAAAGCCGCCAUAUGCAACGCUGGAGAACUCGAGCAGGCAUCCGCGAUAUUACCGGUCCCAACACCCGAGAUGCUGUUUGGCAACAACUUCCUAGAUAUCACGCACGAAUCUGGGCUACAUAUCACGUUCAGGGCGGUGGAUGCGUUGAAACGGGUGGAUGCGUCGCCAGAGUCCGCAGAGGGGAUCAAAGUCGCUUGUGCGGCGCAUUGGGCAAAGAACAACCCCGACGCCCACAAAAUCAAAGACGUCGUCAAGCCCUACGACUGGACCUACAGCACUGACUACACCGGCACGGUGGUCUCAUCACCACAACGGCCGUUUGAGCCGACGACGACACAUGGGGUGGAUGUGGAGCGGCUGAAGCGGCCAGAUCCGAUCUUGUUUUACGAUGAGGUGGUGCUGUUUGAGGAUGAGUUGGGGGACAAUGGGACGGCGCUUUUGACGUUACGGGUGCGCGUAAUGCCAUCCUGCUUCCUAGUCCUCCAACGCUUCUUCCUCCGGGUCGACGAUGUUCUCUUCCGCAUCAACGAUACACGCGUCUACCACGAGUUCGGCACUUCGCAUCUCGUCCGUGAGUACUCCAGCAGGGAGGAGGAGUACGCUACCAUCCGCGAGGUAAAAAAACCUUGCCCCACCUUAAUCUCCCAUCGCAUUCCAUUAACAUAACCCCUGAAGAAACUCCCAAGCCAACAACC